AUGAUCCGUCAAUUGUUACUCGUCGCUCUGGCCGUCACUCUGGUGACAGGUCGCCCGGACAAACUGGACGCCGAGCUCAAAGCCGCCAUGGAAGCCAAAGCUUUUAUGGAAGCCAAAGCGGCGAUGGAAGCUAAGGCCGUCAUGGAGAGCAAAGCGGCCAUGGAAGCCAAAGCGGCCAUGGGUAAAAGCACCGAGCAAGUGUCCGGCAAGGGAGGCAGUGACGUCAACGAUGGCGGAAGAUUGCUGUCGCUACCGGAAGCCGACGCUUGCGUUCAAAGACCCAAACACUGGGAGCGCAACGGACACUGGUACUUUUUGAGCACCAACGUCAGCACCUACGCGGAUAUCAAGAGCGAUUGGCUGGACGCCCGCAACCUGUGCCGUAAACACUGCAUGGACGCCAUCAGCAUCGAAACGGUGGAGGAGAACGACAUGGUGCUCGACAUCCUCGAGAAACAGAAACUUCCCUACGUCUGGACGAGUGGUCGCCUCUGCAAUUUCAAGGGCUGCGAUCGCGAGGACUUGCAGCCCGUCUUGAUCAACGGAUGGUUCUGGUCCGGCUCCGGCGUCAAAUUGGCCAAAACCAACGAGACUCCCGCCGGUUGGGGCUACCAGCCGUGGAGCGCCACUGGCCACUUCAAACGACCUCAACCAGACAACGCCGAAUUCGAAAUUAACGAGACCAAAGAAUCUUGCCUGGGCGUCCUCAACAAUGUCUACAAGGACGGCAUCAAGUGGCACGAUAUCGGCUGCUACCACACCAAGGCCGUCAUCUGCGAAGAUUCACCACCUCUCCUCCAGUACAUUGCCGCAACCAAUCCUAACAUCAAAUUGUAAAAAUUAUUUCAAAUACAUUCUGGAGAAGAAACAAGAACAAAGAUAAAAGUUAAAAA